AUGGCCACCCUUGAACAAAACAUCCGCCAGGCGCUAGAAACCCUCCUACCUCGGAUCCAAAAGCAACAUGCAGAAUCCCCAGACACACCCAUCAUCCUCGGUAUAACCGGUCUCCAAGGCUCAGGAAAAUCAACAUGGGCAUCUACACUCGUAAAACUCCUAUCCGAAGAAUACGGACUCUACAGCAUCACCGUCUCCCUCGACGACUUCUACAAGACCCAUGACGAACUCGUCUUGCGCAGAAACCAAGAUUCAGCCAACAAACUCUACCGUACGCGCGGCCAGCCCGGGACCCACGAUGAGACACUCGCCCAAUCCUUCUUCCAGCAACUAAAAACCUGGAGCGCCACCACCACCACAACAACAGACGGCAGUUCUAGUACCGCGGCCCUCGCCAUCCCCUCCUUCGACAAAUCCCGCUUCAACGGCGAAGGCGACCGCGCCCCAGAACACACUUGGCCACGCAUAACCCGCGCCCCCGCCAUCGUCAUCUUCGAAGGCUGGUGCCUCGGCUUCACGCCCGUCUCCCCUUCCUUCAUCCAGGACAAACACGACCUCGCUCUCCAAGGUAAACUGCCCGUCAACACCCCUGCUUCACACCAAGUCAGUCAUCUGCUAGAAGUAAACGAGUGUCUGAAACGCUACUGCGAUACCUUCAUGGGACCCCAGCAUUUUGAUUUCUUUAUUCAUAUUGACACGCAGGAUCUGAGGAAUGUGUAUAAGUGGCGGUUGGAGCAGGAGCGCAAGUUGAUUGAGAAAAAGGGCGAGGGGAUGGGUGAUGAGCAGGUUAAGCAGUUUAUCGAUGGGUAUAUGCCUAGUUAUGAGAUUUAUCUGGAAAAGCUGAGGGAAGGGUUGUUUGCCGAGAAGGGGAGGAUGGUGAGGGUUGUGUUGGAUGAAGGGAGGGGGGUUGAGAGGGUAGAGGUGCUUUAA